AUGGCCAGCACGUCUCCGAAGAUGAGCGAGAAGAAAAUGGUCCCGGGAGAAUUCUCUUUUCCUCCGAACAACACGCCAGUAGCGCGCGUUUUCGUCUUCGGAAAACCGAUCUACGUCCGUCAGCCCUUCCUGCAGCCGCUGCGGGACCAGCCGUCGG